AUAGUUACAGGUUGGAAGUUUCUAUUGAUGAUAAAAAAAGAAAGUAAUGAGAGAGAGAGAGAUGAUGAUGGAAGAGAAAAAAUGAAUUUUCUGUUCAUUCAGUUUCUCUUCAUGAAACUUACUCUCAAUCUCAUCUAGUUAACUGUUCACAACAAUUAACCCAUCAAAAUGAAUUAACCAAUUAGAAUAAUCUGAAAACUGUUUACAAGUACAAAGAUCGAUAAUCAUCAGUUAAUUGUUAUGUCAUUAAAUCACAAUUAACUCAAUCAACCUGUGUGUCCAUUUGAAAACAAAAUGAUCCAUAAAUAUAUUGACCACUCGAUGACCAAACUUUCAUCUUAAUCUUAACUCACACAAUCAAAGUGAUAAUCAACAAUUAAUACCCAAUCAAUUAAACCUGUUGACCACAUCAAACACAAAACCAGUAAAUCAUCAAUCAAAUCUAAUCACACCAAUUGACCAAAGUGUUUAAUUGAUUACCAAGUUUUUCGUUAUACAAAACGAAAAAAGUUUCACAAUUAGUUAAUCAUGUCAGAUGAAAGUGAAACUAAAUCAACAUUGGAAACAAUUCUUACUGAUGAUCCACUUUCACAAUCAUUUUUUCAUUACUCUCAAGGUAAAAGACUCCAGGAAAAAAUCUCAAUCACAAUUUGUAGCAUUUUAAUUACUCUCAAUGCUUAUUACCUUUGGUUAAACUUUGAUUCAGUCAAAUGGUUUACCGUUUUUCUUGCAGCAAUAAGCGGGAUAAUCGCUGCCGAUUUUAUAAGUGGCCUUGUCCAUUGGUCAGCGGACACUUGGGGGUCAGUCGAACUGCCCCUUGUAGGCAAAGCGUUUAUCCGACCCUUUCGUGAACAUCAUAUUGACCCUACGGCCAUUUUACGACACGAUUUCAUUGAGACAAACGGGGACAAUUUCAUGUCCAUUAUUCCGGCGCUAAUUUACUUGGCAAUUUAUUUUAAUUACAACGAUAGUAAAUCAAUUGGCACAAAUUACAAUUCACUUUGCUUUAUUUUUCUACUCGCAAUUUUCAUCGCCUCAACAAAUCAGAUACACAAAUGGUCUCAUACUUACUUUGGACUACCAAGAAUCGUUGUUUUUUUACAAGAUAUUCACCUGAUUUUGCCUCGAAAACAUCACCGAACACACCAUAUAUCACCCCACGAAUCGUGCUAUUGUAUAACCACCGGUUGGCUUAAUUAUCCAUUGGAUUACAUUUAUUUCUGGUAUUGGUUGGAGUUGACCAUCUCCUCUUUAACUGGACACAAACCGAGGGAAGAUGACUUUAGAUGGACACGUAAGGUGACCAACACUCAGAACAAUAAGAAUGUAAAUUUAAUUAACAAUAGAAACGCCUAAAGUCAUUACUAUUAAUCAAGAGAAGAAUUGGAAAAUUAAUUCCAAUGAUUAACUCCAAUUGUGUGGAAAAUAAUAAUAAUUAAUCAACUAAUUGUCUCAUUGACAUUAUUGAGGAAAAAAAAUUAGCGAAAGGGUUGAUUAUUAAUUACAUCUCGAAAAUGAAGAAAAGAUAAUUUUAAUCAUUCCAAAGGUUGAAACAAUUAGUUAAUGAUGAAAAUUAAAGUGGAUUAAAUUGUUAACAGUUAAUCAACUGAUUGGAGAGAGAGAGAGAAAAAAAAAUCAAUUGGAAAAGUUUGAUUCGUUCAAUGGAAAACAAAGGUUACAAUUGAUCAAUUUUUUUUCUAUCUCUCGGUUAACUUUAAUCAGUGAGAACAAUUAAAAACAAGUCCUUUAAUUAAACUAUCAAUCAAUUGUUUUCUUAUCAAUCAAUGACCUUAAAUCAAAUUGGAAAUGAUUAAAGUUCAAAGUUAAUUUAAGUGAAAAAAAAAUUGUCCAAAAAAGUUAAUUCAAUAAUUGUUUCUGAAAGAAAACAGUUAAUUGUUAUUAAUCAAAAAAUCAUCAGAUAAUUGAGAAUCUAAUUGCAGACAGAAGUCAAAGCUUAAUGAUAGCAAUUAAGGAUUUAAUUGAAUAUUGAUGUUCGAUAAUUAAUUGUGAUCAAAAAAUUGAUUGGUAAUUUGAUUUGUGGUUAAUUGUUGUUAUUAUUAUAAUCAAGGUGGUAAAUGAUUAACUUUUAAUUGUAGAUACAAUAUAAUGUGAAUCGAUUGAUUUUUUUUAAUUGUUAUAUCAUAUAUGUUGGAAAUCAAUUGAGUAAA